AUGAGCCAGCCGCCUCGCGACUCCCUCGCCUCGAGGCUGGCGCGGGAGACGGGCGCCAGCGAGGCGCUGGCUAGGGCAUCUUUGGACAGGGAGGGGGGCGAUUUCGGCAGGGCGGCGGAGGCCAUCAGGUCCGGUCAGGGCGAUGGGCGCGCGGGGGGUUCGGGCAGAGAUGGGCUCGGGGUGCAGGAGGGCGUCAGGCAGUUCAUGGCGCUGACUGGAUCCCGCGACGAGGGGCACGCGAGGUUCUGCCUGGAGGCCUGCAGCGGAAACCUGGAGAGGGCUGUCAACAUGUACAUGUCAGAAUUGGCAGAUCCAGGUGACAUUCAGGAGCACCAGAGCCUGCUGUCUGCGUCCAGGGGGGAUCAAGCUGCUGGCAGCAAUAGCAGAGGAUCAGAUAUGGGAAAUGGUGCUGCGUCAAACUCCUUUGCCAGCCUCCUGGGUGGGCUGAUGCGGCUGCCAUUCACCCUCUUACGCAAGGCGUUGGGGCUUGUGCAUUCGGUUAUGAUGUCCACUGUCUUUGCACCCUGGUCAAGGAGACUAAGAUUGAGAGAUGACUAUCAACGAAGCCAUGCUGAAGAAAAUUCUGUAUGCCAAGCACGCCAGUUCAGCGACAGGUUCGAGUUCCUUUAUGGAUCUCAGCAUCCUCCUUUUGUCGAUCAGAGUUGGAGAGAUGCUGCUGCACGGGCUCAUCGAGAGCUCAAGUUCCUUUGGGUGUACGUGCAUGCCCCAGAGCACGAGGAUACAGACAGCUUUUGCCGUGAGGUGCUCUGUGCUCCAGAAGUGAUUGCCUUCCUUUCAGAAAAUUUCGUUUGCUGGGGAGGCGAUGUAAGGCAGAGCGAGGCAUUCAAGCUUGCAGCUUCUCUGGGCGCCACUACCUACCCCUUCAUGUGCCUGCUGGCCUUUUCUGGAUCACGCAUGCACCCAGUGAGCUCGAUGCAGGGUUUUCUGUCAUCAAGGCAACUCAUCAACUCGAUACAGCAGGCCCUCGACGAGCAAGGAGCCUUGCUGGUGGCUGAGAGGAUUGACAGGGAGAGAAGGGACUACGACCGACAGCUGCGCCAGCAGCAGGACUUGGAAUACGAGCGUUCUCUUGAGAAUGACAAGAGGUUAGAGGCCCAGAGGAGGCAGAUUCAAGCAGCAGAGGCGGCUAAACGGCAGACGGAGAUGGAGGAAGAAGCCAGGAAACGACAAGAAACAGAAGCUCGAGAGAUGAAGGCAGAGCAGGCGGUGGCUGCCAUAGAGGGUCGGAAGCAACAGAAGCGGCGAAAUCUCAAGCCAGAGCCUCCUGCUGAUGGCAUAGUUGCUCAAAUACGCAUUCGAAUGCUGGAUGGUGGCAGCCAUUUGAGGCGAUUCAAUUACAAUGAUAAGGUGCAGGACAUCUUCGACUACGUUGAUACCCUUGAGGGCCUGGGGGUGCUGAACUACAGCCUUGUGCGAAUGUUUCCAAGGAAGGCCUUUGACAAGGGCGGUCAUGACCAGACGCUGGUCGAAGCUGGUCUUGUCCCGGACAGUCUGCUGCUGGUGAAGUCAGAUGACGAAUAG